AUGAGAUUGCUGCUUGUUCUCCUCGUAGUCAUUGGACUAACUCUUGCUAGACCGCACUUUAAUAAGGAAAAUGUUUUUUCAGACCGGGAUUAUGACUAUCGGCUUUAUGAAGAUGACAGCUCCGGAGUUGUAAUUGAUCGCGCUUUACCCAAGCAUCAUCACCAUCAUCAUCAUCGUCAACAUCAUCACAAAAACUAUUUGAAAACUAAUCGCAUGGAUGGAGUUCGCAGCUUCUUCGACUCCUUCCGUUUAUAA